AUGUCAAUAAUAUCUCCAAAUCAUAUACAAAUAGACAAUGAUGAUGUAUGUACAACCUGGUCGUUAUAAAGAUUUACUAACUUUUAGAUGAAUUGGACACAAGAAAAGCAACAACUAUUGGAAAAUUACAUCACAAAUUACUAUCGAUCAUUAUUAGAUAUUUCGAAUUUUUAUUCAAAUAUAAAUUGGCAAUAUUUAACAAAUCUAAUAGGUGUAGAUGAUAUAGAAUUUACAAAAUUGAAAAUAGAUGAGAUAUAUGAUGAUAAAAUAAAUCUUAAAACUCAAAAUAUUGAUGAAAUUCUACAACAUUGGAAAUUAAAAUCCAAUUCCAUAUCAAUAGAAAUUGAUAACCUAAUCAAUUCCAUUAAAUUAGAACCAUUCCUAGAAGAAGAACCUAAAAGGGAAGAACCUAGAAAAGAAAUGCCUAGAUUAACCAAAACUCAACGAAGAUUAUCACUUGAAUUAAUGCAUUCAAGACCAUCGAUAAAUGAAUUAGCAAAACCAGCAACUGCCACAAUAUCCAACGUAAAUGUACUAGCCGGUGAUAAAAAGAAACCCAAAACUAUAUCACGUCCAAUGAUUAAACAAAGACGAAGUUCAUUGGUUGGUGAAAAAUUACCGUUAUAUAUCAAAAGACAAUUAUCAAAUAGACCACAACAAACAGUUACUCCGAAGCCUUCCAAAAUACAAAUAAAUGAACAGAAAGACUCAAGAUUACAAAAUCUAGUUGCCAAUUCGCAAUCUUUAUAUGCAUAUAAAGAACCAGAUUCUACAAAUACUUCUGAAACAGAUCAACGAUUACGAAAUGAUUCAGAUGAUGAUGAUAAAGAAUAUAUACUGCCAGAUUCACUAGCUAAAUAUUAUGGAGAACAAAUUGAAGAAGAAGAAGAAGAAGAGGGGGAAGAAGAAAAUGAUUUUGUCAAUGUAA